CAUCAGGUGACACACUCAUAAACCACAUCUGCUUUUUUUUUCCUCUCCUGUUUUAGCCGUGCAAGCCAUGCAGGAUGAUUUACUGAUGGACAAAACCAAAUCCCAGCAGCGGCAACAACAACAACAGCAGCAGCAGUCAGCCCCCGGCUCCCAGACUCAGCAGCAAGACAGCAGCAGCUCAGAAGCCCCCUGUGCAGCAGAGCCCCCCAGCUCCGACAGCGCCCCCAGCCUGAAGGAGAAGAUGCAGAUGGAGUCUCCCAUCCUCCCGGGUCUCAGCUUCCCCCAGCAGGAGCCCCCCGCCGGCCCUUCCCUGUCCCCAUCGUUCGGGAGCACCUGGUCCACCGGAGGCAAUAGCAGCUCUGUGGAUGACAGCUAUUUCCAAGGGGUUCCCCCUGUCAAUGGGACUAUGCUCUUCCAGAACUUCCCCCAUCACCACGUCAACCCCGUGUUCGGGAGCACCUUCUCCCCACAGCUGGGGCUCACCCAUCAGACUCAUCAGCAGCAGAGGAGAUCACCUGUCAGCCCCAGCAACCAGCCCCCCUAUAACCAGAGAAACGCUUACAGCCACCAGGCUAUCCUGACCAACAAGCCUUCCUCCUCCUCUUCAUCACCAUCCCCUUCCAGCUGGAACAACCACCAAAAUGCUGCCUGGAACAACCCCUCCAACCCCUGGGGGGGACUGCAGCCCGGGAGAGACCCCCGCAGGGCAGUAGGAGUCGGAGUAGGUGUGGGAGUUGGGGUCCCCUCACCCCUCAAUCCAAUCUCCCCCCUGAAGAAGCCUUUCUCCAGCAAUGUGAUUGCACCCCCUAAAUUCCCCCGCGCUUCACCGCUGGCCCCCAAAUCCUGGGUGGAAGACAAUGUGUUCAGGACGGAUAACGGAAACAACCUCUUGCCCAUGCAGAUCAGGCAAGACCGGAAUAGGCCCUAUGACUCCUUCAACCUGCACUCUUUGGAGAAUUCAUUAAUGGAUAUGAUAAGGACUGAUCAUGAACCUCUGAAAGCUCGAAUGGGGUUAAAUUUCCAUCAUCCAGCGACUGAUAACAUAAUGGCACUUAAUACCAGGAGCUAUGGUCGCAGACGAGGUCGAUCUUCACUCUUCCCAUUUGAAGAUGGCUUCCUCAGUGAUGGUCAUGGAGACCAAUCCUUGUCAUCUGGUCUGAGUUCUCCAACUCACUGUCAAAAUGGUGAACGGAUCGAACGCUACUCUCGGAAGGUGUUUGUUGGAGGGCUGCCUCCUGACAUUGAUGAAGAUGAAAUCACGGCAAGCUUCAGGAGGUUCGGACCUUUGGUCGUAGAUUGGCCUCAUAAAGCAGAAAGUAAAUCUUACUUUCCACCAAAAGGUUAUGCCUUCCUGCUCUUUCAAGAGGAAAGUUCCGUGCAAGCUCUGAUUGACGCCUGCUUGGAGGAGGAUGGCAAGCUUUACCUGUGUGUAUCCAGCCCCACCAUCAAAGACAAACCUGUUCAGAUCCGGCCUUGGAAUCUGAGCGAUAGUGACUUUGUGAUGGACGGGUCUCAACCUUUAGAUCCAAGAAAAACUAUAUUUGUUGGAGGUGUUCCACGACCCCUACGAGCUGUUGAAUUGGCAAUGAUAAUGGAUCGUCUCUAUGGGGGAGUCUGCUACGCUGGCAUAGAUACAGAUCCGGAGUUGAAAUAUCCGAAAGGAGCCGGCCGGGUGGCGUUUUCCAACCAACAGAGCUACAUCGCUGCAAUCAGUGCUCGUUUUGUUCAGCUACAGCACAAUGACAUUGAUAAACGGGUGGAAGUGAAGCCAUACGUGCUGGAUGAUCAGAUGUGUGAUGAAUGCCAAGGCACGCGCUGCGGUGGGAAGUUUGCCCCCUUCUUCUGUGCCAAUGUGACCUGCCUGCAAUAUUAUUGUGAAUACUGCUGGGCCAGCAUCCAUUCUCGCGCUGGCAGGGAGUUCCACAAACCACUGGUGAAAGAAGGAGGCGACCGGCCUCCCCACGUCCCUUUCCGUUGGAGCUAAACACUGCACCCGCCGCUCACCAAAGGUCUGGGAGAUGCGUACCAUCUAGGCUCCUCAAGAUCUACAGAAGAAUUUGGUCUUUUAUGUUCUUUUGUAUUAUAAAUAUUAGUUCCAGCCACCUUAUGAGAGUAACUGUCCUGAAUUUUGCACUUUGAUUUCUACCUAUAUAUAUAUAUAAUUGAAAACAUCUGCUUGGUACCUUAACUUUCCGUCACAGGAGUGUUGUAAGUAGAGACAUCUCAUUAGGCUGGUGCAAGUUCCUCUCUCUCUGCCAUGUUGUUGUGGGUGUGGUGAAGAAAUUCUCAACUGGAGCAUGCACUUAAAUAUCUGAUUCCCAAUGUAUCUUCCUCUCACCCCAUAGAAGAUGACUUACCAAAGGCCUCAGAAGUGGAUAAUGUAGCAAAAAAAAAAAAAAAACCUUAGCGAUCCAUCAGUCUUAUCUCAUUCAUGCAGUGAAGUAUAGUGAAUGUCAUCACUGCUUUAUAGACCUACAACGUCUCCAGCUUGUAUGGGUAUUUAAGAACCAUGUAUUUUGUAAAUUAAGUUAAAGAAAAAAAGAAGAAAAAAAAAAAGAAGACAAAGUAUAUCUUAUAAAGUG